AUGAUUGCAAAAUCAGUAUUAAUAUUACUAUUCUUACUAAAAGUUAUAUAUUCUCAAUGGGGUCCUCCUCCAUUUGAUGGAAUGGGACCUGGUGGAAUGGGACCCGGCGGAAUGGGGCCUGGUGGUUUUUGGCCAAUGACAUUUGAAGAAAAGUUACAGGCCCGGUCAAUAUUAGAUACUGAAACGAGAGAUCUUACAUUUGCUCCAAGACCAUUACGAAGAAUGUUAAGAAAUUAUUGUAGACAAUCAAUUGUAGGACACCCAAGAUGUGCAGAAGUUUUUCGUUUUGGACCAAUGGGACCUCAUGGACAUGGACAUUUUGGUGGUCCACCACCUAAUCCAAACUUUAAUAAUGAAGGAAAUAACUCUCCAGAUAAUAUGAGAGGAAAUGAAGGUUGGGCUAAUUCUUUUUCACAAACACCAAAUUUGCCAAUGCCUAAUAUUGAGUCAUCUCCAAAUCCAACACUUGCUAAUGGUUUUAAUCCUCCAACAGCGCCAACUAUUCCUGAUCCACCAGGACUCGAUUCAGCUCCUAGAGUUAAUAGUUUACAAUCACCAAAUCAGUCAAAUUUAUUGUUUGAUUUACCAAAUGAACUUUCUUUGUCUCAACAACAACUUGAUUCAAAAUAUUCAUGGGGAAAUAUGGAACAAAAUGUUCAGCAAACAUUCAAGAAAACAUGUGGGAAUUUAAAAAAACAAGGUGGAAUAAAUUGUUUAAACAAUAAUAUUCCUAAAUAUGUCAAUAAGAAAUCAAAUAUUAUGGCAUUUGAAUUAUCAACAAUUCCCGGAGUUAAUUCAGCUAUUUUAAAUGAAAAAUAUAAAAAAACUCAUGAAGUUAAACAAAGUUUACUUAAUGUAAAUAAUUUAGGUAAUUAUGUUAAGGCUAUUGAAGAUGGUACUUAUCAAGAUGAUAUGUUGUUGACAACAGAACAGUCAAAUUUUUUAAUUAAUCAAAUUAAAAGAAAAAUGAAAAGAAGUAGAAGAAAUGCUUAUUUCAUUGAUAAAUUGUUAGCAAAUAAAUGGCCAAAUCCUUUAAAUAUUCCAUAUGUUUUAGAUAAUACUUUUAGUAACAUUGAAAAACAACAUAUACAAAAUGCUUUAAAACAAAUUGAAACUGGUACUUGUAUUAAGUUUACCAAUAUACCCAUUAAUAAGAAACCUUCAAAUUCUUAUAUAUUUUAUAAAAAAACUCCUUCAUCAGCAUUUUGUGGUUUAAGUUAUGUAGGAAAAGCAUCACCAUUUAAUCCUAUCUAUUUGUCAUUUUCUUCAAUAUGUACAAAUCCUGUAGGUACAAUUAUUCAUGAAACUAUGCAUACAUUAGGUAUUGCUCAUCAACAUUCUAGAUUUGAUAGAGAUCAAUUUAUUAAAAUAAAUUGGGAAAAUAUAAAUCCUCAAUUUUAUGAUAUGUUUGCAAUAAGUGAUCCAAAACAAUUUACAACAUAUGGAAUUUCUUAUGAUUAUUAUAUGGAAUUUCUUAUGAUUAUUAUA